AUGAGACAAACAACCGCAUCGACUGUCAUCAAUUUUACUUUACUUGCCUUGCAGCUUGUCAGUCCAGCUUUAAGCUUUUCGACAGCACCAAGAGUUGUGAUUGGCACGAUCGGACCACAGAAAGAAGUGCGUGCAAUUACAUCCCCAAAACGAAGGUCCCAGCUAUGCAUGUUGGACGAAUGUUUUGGUGCCGUGACAGGGUCCUUUCUCAUGGCUGGAAGUGAGAUGCUUGAUGCUACGGCAGCUGCGAUGGAUGGUACCGAGAUGAUGACUCCCGAGUAUGCAGCUUUGGAUUCCGACCCAGCCAUAUCCUUGGCGCUCGGCGUUAUGUUUGUGACAUUUCUCAUUUCCAUAUCACUUGGGGCCGAACAAGAAGAGACAAAGGCUGGACUUUUAGAGGACGAAAAGGCCGUCACCGCCGCACCAGCAAAUAAGUUUGAGAAUAUCUCAAAAAUUGAAAUGGCGAGUAAAGACUCGGUGACAAAUCAGAAGGCUCCUAUUGCCGUGAGCGCUUCCAAGAGCACAUCAAAUAGUUCACAGCAGAUGGAUCGCGACAUUCCACUGGAAGUAGGUGCAAUUUUAAAGGCCUACAAAGAGGCAGAUGAUGACUUGUUUCUUCGUGCUUUGUCGUUACUUGUUGGAAGAAUCAAGUCGACGAACUCAGAACUGAAUGAAACCAAGAGAUUAUUCCGAGCUGUCAAGGAAGAAAAACGAAAAAUGGAAGACCAGUACGAACUUCGCAAAUAUCAACUCGAAAAGGCGGAAGAAAAGCUGAAACAGAUGCGCUCAAAGUAA